AUUUCCAAAGAUUUUGUUUUGUUUGAUACAACGUAUAGGUCUUGAUCAUAUGAAGAGGUAACUCCGGUGACCAUUUAGCCAAUUUAUUGAAAGCAAGCCAAUGUUACAGUUGCCUAGCCAGCUAAUAUUGUCAAUGUACCUGCUCAGGAAGCUAGUGUUUCAUUAGCUAUCUCUGUCAGUGAAUUUAAUUUAAAUGUUUUGGCACGAUUGUCUCAUUUCAUGUAACCAAACUCAGCAAAAAAAGGAAAUGUCCUUUUUCAGGACCCUGUCUUUCAAAGAUAAUUUGUAAAAAUCCAAAUAACUUCACAGAUCUUCAUUGUAAAGGGUUUAAAUACUGUUUCCCAUGCUUGUUCAAUGAACCAUAAAUAUGAUUGAACAUGCACCUGUGGAACGUACGUUAAGACACUAACAGCUUAGACGGUAGGCAAUUAGGGUCAGUUAUGAAAACGUAGGACACUAAAUAGGCCUUUCAACUGAUGAAAAGAAAGAUGCCCAGGGUCCCUGCUCAUCUGUCUGAAUGUGCCUUAGGCAUGCUGCAAGGAGGCAUGAGGACUGCAGAUGUGGCCAUUGAGACGCCUACUGUGAGACGCCUAAGACAGCACUACAGGACGGACAGCUGAUCGGCCUCGCAGUGGCAGACCACGUGUAACAACACCUGCACAGGAUUGGUACAUCUGAACAUCACACCUGCGGGACAGGUACAGGAUGGCAACAACAACUGCCCGAGUUACACCAGGAACGCACAAUCUCUCCAUCAGUGCUCAGACUGUCCACAAUAGGCUGAGAGAGGCUGGACUGAGGGCUUGUAGGCCUGUUGUAUGGCAGGUCCUCACCAGACAUCACCGGCAACGAUGUUGCCUGUGUGCACAAACCCACCGUCGCUGGACCAGACAGGACUGGCAAAAAGUGCUCAUCACUGACGAGUCGCGGUUUUGUCUCACCAGGGGUGAUUGUCUGAUUCGCAUUUAUUGUCGAAUGAAUGAGCGUUACACCGAGGCCUGUACUCUGGAGCGGGAUCGAUUUUGGAGGUGGAAGGUCUGCCUUGGUCUGGAGCGGUAUGUCACAGCAUCAUCAGACUGAGUUUGUUGUCAUUGCCUGCAAUCUCAACGCUGUGCGUUACAGGGAAGACAUCCUCCUCCCUCAUGUGGUACCCUUCCUGCAGGCUCAUCCUGACAUGACCCUCCAGCACGACAAUGCCACCAGCCAUACUGCUCGUUUUGUGCGUGAUUUCCUGCAAGACAGGAAUGUCCGUGUUCUGCCAUGGCCAGCGAAGAGCCCAGAUCUAAAUCCCAUUGAGCACGUCUGGGACCUGUUGGAUUGGAGGGUGAGGGCUAGCUCCACCCCCCCCCCCCCCCCCCCCCUAGAAAUGUCUGGGAACUUGCAGGUGCAUUGGUGGAAGAGUGUGGUAACAUCUCACAGCAAGAACUGGCAAAUCUGGUGCAGUCCAUGAGGAGGAGAUGCACUGCAGUGCUUAAUGCAGCUGGUGGCCACACCAGAUACUGAAUGUUACUUUUGAUUUUGACCCCCCCCCUUUGUUCAGGGACACAUUAUUCCAUUUCUGUUAGUCACAUGUCUGUGGAACGUGUUCAGUUUAUGUCUGUUGUUGAAUCUUGUUAUGUUCAUACAAAUAUUUACACGUUAAGUUUGCUGAAAAUAAACGCAGUUGAGUUUAGCUGCAGGCUUAAAGAAACAUUCAAUCAUAUAAUUUGCAUAGAAACCCAAAUAAAAGCAUGUCGAUGGAAAGAUGUGUGUGUCAUGUAUGCUAGAAUGAAGGUUUAAAAAUGACAGCUGCAUAUGCGUAUUAAUCAAUACAUAUGGCAUAGCCUACACACAUGGCAUACCUUGAAAUACAAUCCUCUCUAAAAACAGCUGUACAAUGUGCCUUGCAAUAAUAUAAUCAGAGUUUGAUUUCUAAACUAGAUCAGUUGUCAAAUAGCAGCUUCCCAAUCCCAUGAGUGGGUAUGCAUAAUGUUGGAUGCAUUGGAAUGUAAGAUAUGGAGAAUGAUAAAGGGUCGGUAGGAUUAUAGAAAAAGCAUUUGGGAAAUUGUUUGAGUUGCAAAUACUAAAUGUUCAGUGAAUGUGAGUAUAUUUAGGUGGUUAGUAACUUUGGCACCAUAAACUUUUAGAAGGUUGUUAACAAUUAUUUAUUAUUCUAGUAACUAUGACUGGGUGUGAGGCAUGUUUCCAUUUCAUGCAUAUGCAUUUCGAACACAAUCCCAAAUAGUGUUUCACCAUUUAUUGAGUACAGAGACAAAUAGCAAAGGUGUCUCAGGCAGUAUUUGAAUGAUCUAAAUAUAGUGUAACCAAGCAUACUUUGGAAACUACUCAGACCCCUUGACUUAUUCCACAUUCUUUACAGCCUUAUUGUAAAAUGGAUUUAAAAUCAAAUCCUCAGCAAUCUAUACACACUACCCUAUAAUGACAAAGCAAAACCAGGCUUUUUGAAAUGUUUAGACCAUUUGCUAUGAGAGUCAAAUGAGCUCAGGUGCACCCUGUUUCCGUUGAUCAUCCUUGAUGUUUCUACAACUUAAUUGGAGUCCACCUGUGGUAAAUUAAAUUGAUUGGACAUGAUUUGGAAAGGCACACACCUAUCUAUAUAAGGUCCCACAGUUGACAGUACAUGUCAGAGCAAAAACCAAGCCAUGAGGUCGAAGGAAUUGUCUGUAGUUGUCUUGAGUUCCGAGACAGGAUUGUGUCGAAGCACAGAUCUGGGGAAGGGUACCAAAACAUUUCUGCAGCUUUGAAGGUCCCCAAGAACACAGUGGCCUCUGUCAUUAUUAAAUGGAAGAAGUUUGGAACCACCAACACUCUUGCUAGACAUGGACGCCCGGCCAAACUGAGCAAUCGGGGAAGACGGGCCUUUGUCAGGGAGGUGACCAAGAAACCGAUGGUCACUCUGACAGAGCUCCAGAGUUCCUCUGUGGAGAUUGGAGAACCUUCCAGAAGGACAACAAUCUCUGCAGCAUGGUAGAGUGGCCACUCCACAGUAAAAGGCACAUGACAUCCCGCUUGGAGUUUGUCAAAAGACACCUAAAUACUCUGACCAUGAGAAACAAGAUGCCAUGAUGGAACUCUUUGCCCUGAAUGCCAAGCGUCUGGAGGAAACCUAGCACCUUCCCUAUGGUGGUGGCAGCAUCAUGCUGUGAGGAUGUCUUUCAGCUGCAGGGACUGGGAGACUAGUCAGGAUCAAAGCAAAGAUGAACUGUGCAAAGCAUAGAGAUCCUUGAUGAAAACCUGCUCCAGAGUGCUCAGGACCUCAAACUGAGGUGAAGGUUCACCUUCCAACAGGACAACGAUCCUACGCAUACAGCCAAGACAAUGCCGUAGUGGCUUCGGGUCAAGUCUCUGAAUGUCCCUGAGUGGCCCAACGAGAGCCCGGACUUUAACCCGAGCUUACAUUUCUGGGAGACCUGAAAAUAGCUGUGCAGCAACGCUCCCCAUCCAACCUGACAGAGCUUUAGAGGAUCUGCAGAGAAGAAUGUGAGAAACUACCCAAAUACAGGUGUGCCAAGCUUGUAGCGUCAUACCCAAGAAGACUCAAGGUUGUAAUCGAUGUCAAUGGUGCUUCAACAAAGUACUGAGUAAAGGGACUUAAUACUUAUGUUUUUGCUUUGUCAUUAUGGGGUAUUGUGUGUAGAUUGAUGAGGAACAAAUACAAUUUAAUCCAUUUUAGAAUAAGGCUGUAACGCACCAAAAUAUGGAAAAAGUCAAGGGGUCUGAAUACUUUCCAAAUGCGCUGUAUAUGUCACGUGUUGUGCGGGCACAAUCUUACAAUGUUUACAGUCCAGAAAUGAGAGCUUUACCAUCUAUGCCAAAAGCCCGGGCCUUUGAUGGAGACUGUAGAACUGUCAUCAACGCAUGCUUCAGUAUUCUCCCUUCUAUCUAGGAUAAUUUGUGUGCUCAGGCCACAUAUGAGUAAAAUAAAUGAUCACGACAAAGGAAUGUAGUUUGUGAGCUAGGAAAUGAACAUCCUAGCAGUCUGAGUCAGGUUGCUCUCCAAUCAUCUUACUCUAGCUAUCGACAGGGAUAAUGUGGCAUUUCUUAUUUGUCAGUAUGAAUGAAAUUAGUGGGUCCUGCCUUGAUGACUGUAUUCCCUUUACACUACUUAACCUAUAGAUUCUGGGUUUUUUGUCUGAAAUUAUUACUUGGAUUAAAUUGAUAGCUAAAACACUCCAUGUCCUGGAAUGACAUAGCUAGUGAUUUUAAAGCUAUCUGCUCCUGCUAACUAGCAACUGAUCUACUUGUUGUACCUAGCUAGCUAACUAACAAGCUAGCUACAUUACUAAGGCUAAUGCAUUUUAAGUUGGGAGUCAUUUUACAGCUAAAUAGUUAGAUUACAAUUAAAUAAAGACUCUCUCGAGCUGUUACCAGCUGUGUUUAGUACCUUAGAUACGGAGAAUGUGAUUGGCAGAUGUGAUCAGCAGAGAUGGUAUCUGGAUAGUGAACAAGUUUUGAUUGGUUUACAGUCGGCAGCAUUUGGAUGUCCAGCUAGUGAACAUAAAAGUAUUUAGAACAAAUGUGCAAGAAUUGACAUUGCCAACAAAUGGAAAUGUAUUCAGAAGGAACAUACACUAUCUAAAAACCAGCUCCUCUCUUGACAUUUCGAAACUAAAGCAAAUGGCUUGCUUCAGCUCACCAUCAAGUACAUGUAAUGAUUACACAUUUUUUAAACUGUAAUAAUUUAUGUUACCAGCUAAAUUAUUGUAAUCAUUACUUCUUCUAUUACUUUUAAAUCCAGGAAGGAUGUUUGUGAAGAAAAUACCUUUUCUGUUUUCCUGAAUGUUUUUCAAUUCAGCAUGAAAAAAAGGCACGUUUUUUAAGUUCGUUCCACUUGAGCAAGUCUGAUCCACCAGUCCGAGACCACUAUUUAGACUCAUGGAUCCUUUUGUCUUUUUCUAAAGGCUCUUAAGGGAAAGGUAAUCUGAAAGUAAUUAGAUUGGUAUGGAGUUUGGGUAAUCCAAAAAUUCUGUUACUUAUUACAUUUCUAGACAGGUGAAUAGUAACUAACAGAUUACAUUUAGAAAGUAACCCACUCAACCCUGGUAAGCAGAGUAAUGUUAGAUUACACAAUUAUCCCUGCAAUGAUUAUCAAAUGUGUAACACCACCAUGUCAGUGCAUUGAUUAUUAUCUCACCUUCAUCAGUCUGUUUUUGGUCUGUCUGGGCUGUGUUGUUUUGCAGACAGAAAAUGGCAUUUUGUUACCAACUCUUCAGUCAGCUCUUCCCUUCCUGGACCUUCACGGAACUCCUCGGUUGGAGUUUCACCAGUCUGUCUUUGACGAGCUUCGUGACAAGUUGAUGGAGCGAGUCGCCACUAUUGCGGAGGGCAAGGAUGAGGACCGUUAUGGUAAACUUAAAGAGCUGCUGGAGAAGAGCUUUCCGCUGGUGAAGAUGCCUUCCAUUCAGCCAGUGGUCAUGCAGGUGCUGAAGCAUCUUCCAAAGGUACCAGAGAAAAAGCUGAAGCUUGUGAUGGCUGAUAAGGAACUGUAUACGGUCUGUGCUGUUGAGGUGAAGAGGCAGAUCUGGCAGGAAAACCAGGCUCUCUUCGGAGAUGAGGUCUCGCCCUUGCUCAAGCAGUAUAUCGUGGCAAAGGAGGCAGCACUUUUCAGCAGCGAUCUCUCUAUUCUGCACAACUUCUUCAGCCCCUCCCCCAAAGCAAGACGCCAAGGAGAGGUAGUCUUGAAACUGACCCAGAUGAUUGGGAAGAAUGUGAAACUAUAUGACAUGGUGCUCCAGUUUCUGCGAACACUUUUCCUGCGUACUCGUAAUGUCCACUACUGCACCCUGCGUGCAGAGCUGCUCAUGUCCCUCCAUGACCUGGACAUCAGUGAGAUCUGCUCAGUAGACUCCUGCCACAAGUUCACCUGGUGCUUAGAUGCCUGCAUCCGUGAGAAGUUUGUGGAUGCCAAGCGAGCCCGGGAGUUGCAAGGUUUUCUGGAUGGAGUGAAGAAAGGACAGGAGGAAGUACUUGGGGACCUGUCCAUGAUACUGUGUGACCCAUUUUCCAGUAACACCCUGGUUUUGAGUACGGUCCGAAACCUGCAAGAAUUGCUAAGCCAGGAUGCUCUACCCAGAGACAGUCCAGACCUGAUGCUGUUACUCAGAAUGCUGUCUCUUGGACAAGGUGCUUGGGAUAUGAUUGACAGCCAGGUCUUUAAAGAGCCUCGAUUGGAACUGGAAGUUGUGACCCGUUUUCUCCCAGCCAUGUUGUCAGUACUUGUGGACGACUAUACCUUCACUGUAGAGCAGAAACUCCCUAGUGAGGAGAAGACCUCCCUCUCCUACCCCACAGCCCUGCCUGAUAACUUCAACAAGUACCUGCAGGAGAACAGGGUGGCUUGUGAGAUGGGUCUGUACUACGCACUCCACAUUGCCAAGCAGAGGAACAAGAAUGCCUUACAAAGGUUACUUCCCGCAUUGGUGGAGACCUACAAUGACAUGGCCUUUGGGGACAUCUUCCUGCACCUCCUGACAGCACACCUCACCUUGCUCUCUGAUGAGUUUGGGACUGAAGAGUUCUGCUCUGCUGUGUUUGAUGGCUUCCUCCUCAACUCUUUCUCCAGUAAAGACAAUGUCCACAGACACAACCUACGCCUGUUGCUUCACCUUCACCAGAAAGUGCUGCCAUCUUGUGUGGAGACCUUAGUGAAAACCCUGGAACCCUCAAAACAGAGCAGUGACCAGGUAAAGGAGCUGUACACCAAGCUGACAGAGAAACUGGAGGCCCAAAAGAAGAGUCCUCCCCAGCCAGACGAAGCCCCCUCCCUGGACCUCCAUCCUGUUAAAGUGCCCACUACAGCUUCCACUCCAACAAUAUCACUCUGAGAGAGGAGGUGGUAGGGAUCCGCAAAAGAAGGAAAUCAAUUAGUCUGAAAAAAGGAUGCUGAUAUUACAUGUUGAAUUUAGGUUGGCUCAUGAAACCAUAAAAAAAUGACUAAAUGUAAUUUCCUCUAUGGGUACUAUGGUUAAGGUUUAGUUUGUUUUCUAAUACUUGUUUUAUUAAGAUGUCGUAUUUGAAGCAGUUUUCCAGCUUUAACAAUGUAACUCAGUUGCCAAUGUUUUUCAGUUUGAAUUAUUACUUUUUAAUUUUAGAAAUACUUAGUCUUGCUUAAUUAUUGUUAUAAGUAUAUUUUCUUAUGUACUGGAUCUAUAAAGACUGAAUGUCAAUGUGUUUGUAUUGUGUCAGUGGUGACGCAAGCUUUAAAUAAAUUAAUUUAGAAAUGGUUAAUAAAGUUUAUACUAUAUA